GUCAAUAAUUUUUUGAUGACAGGGCCCAAGGCGUAUUUGACUUAUUCUACGAGUGUGGCAGUUGGAGCACAAAGUGGAAUUGAAGAAUGUAAAUAUCAGUUUGCUUGGGAAAGAUGGAAUUGCCCAGAACAUACAAUUCAACUAGCUUCUCAAAAAGGACUUAGAAGCGCUACCAGAGAAACAUCAUUUGUACACGCAGUUAGUUCUGCUGGCGUCAUGUAUACCCUGACCAGGAACUGCAGCAUGGGAGAUUUUGAUAACUGUGGCUGUGAUGAAUCCAGAAACGGGAGGGUUGGUGGCAGAGGGUGGGUGUGGGGAGGCUGUAGUGAUAACGUUGAAUUUGGCGAAAGAAUAUCAAAACUCUUUGUCGACGGGCUGGAGACAGGACAAGAUGCCCGAGCACUAAUGAACUUGCAUAACAAUGAAGCAGGGAGACUUGCUGUGAAAUCAACUAUGAAGAGGACCUGUAAAUGCCACGGGGUCUCAGGAAGUUGCAGUGUCCAGACAUGCUGGCUGCAACUUGCUGAUUUUCGAGACAUCGGGAAUCAUUUAAAGGUGAAGCACGAUCAGGCUCUAAAACUGGAGAUGGACAAGAAAAAGAUUAGAUCUGGCAACAGUGCAGACAACAAGGGAGCCAUAGUAGAUAUCUUUGGGUCAAUAGCCAGAACCGAACUUGUCUUCUUAGAAGAUUCUCCAGAUUAUUGUUUGAAAAACACAAGCCUUGGUUUACAAGGGACUGAAGGACGCGAAUGCCUCCAAAGUGGAAAGAACUUAUCGCAGUGGGAAAGGAGAAGUUGCCGAAGACUUUGUAUAGAAUGUGGGCUCCGGGUCGAAGAGAGGAAGAUCGAGACCAUUAGUAGCUGUAACUGCAAGUUCCAUUGGUGUUGCACAGUCAAAUGUGAGCAGUGUAAGCACGUUGUGACAAAGCACUAUUGUGCCAAGCGAGAAAAGCAUUCUGGUAAUUCUCACCCAAAAAGAAAGGUCAGAGGACAAAACAGAUGA